UAGUGAUUAACAAAAAUGGACAACAUGUACCUUAAUUUUUUAAUUUUAAAUAAUAUUGAACAUCAAGAGAACGCAAUACAGAAUGUUAGGGUAGUAAAAGAAAAAACGAUGGAUCCAUUUUUGUUGUUGGACAGAUUAUUUGUUAAAAGUUUUAGAUUGACUAAAUAUCUUGCCAAUAUUUUAAUAAACAUGUUAAGACCACUUAUUGAAGAUACUGACCUUUCAUCGGCCAUUGAUUUAAAAACAAAAGUACUCGUUACAUUACAUUUUUUUGGCACUGGGUCAUAUCAAACACCAAUGGGCCAUAGUCGUUUUACUGCUUUAUCUCAAUCAUCUGUAUCUCGAUGCAUAUCCGAUGUUGUAAAUGCCCUCAAUGAUCCUACAGUUUUCAACUUUUGGGUUAAGUUUCCAUCAAGUGUUUACGAGCUUGAACAAGUUCGAAAAAAAUUUUAUACUCACACAGGAUUUCCAGGAAUUAUUGGUUGCAUUGAUUGCACUUAUGUGGCAAUAGUUCCACCUUCUUCAAAUUUAAAUUUAAUAGAAAACCAACAUCCUGAGCACAUUUAUGUAAAUCGUAAAUGCUACCACUCUAUAAAUGUCCAACUAAUUUGUGACUCAGAUUUAAAAAUUCUAAAUGUGAACGCAUUGUUUCCUGGUAGCACACAUGAUGCUCAUAUUUGGAAAAAUUCUAAUGUCUUACCAUUACUACAAGAUCUUUAUGCAAAGGGUUUUAAUAAUAUUUACUUAUUGGGGGAUUCGGGAUACCCAUUACGUCCAUGGCUACUAACUCCCAUAUCAAAUCCAACUAAUGAAGCUGAGGAAUAUUUUAAUAAGCAACAAAUGUCCGCUAGAUCUAAAAUAGAACGAUGUAAUGGAGUUCUAAAGGGACGUUUUAGAUGUCUUAUUAAAGAUCAAACUUUGCAUUACAAACCAGAAAAGGCAACAAAAAUAAUAAAUGCAUGUGUGGUUCUUCAUAAUUUAUGUAUAACUUACAAUGUACCUGAAUUUGUGGAUGGUGAAAAUUUAUCAGAUUUUGGCAUGUAUCAAACUCCACUGGGAGUUGCAGAAGACAAUGAUGUCAACUUAAGAAAUAGAGAUUUAAUGAUGGGAAGAUGA